AUGUUUAUGGUGACUGAUGUGUUUGACUGCACGUUUGAAUGUCUUCGUCUCCCGUCAUGUGUUUCUGUAAAUGUGGCGAGCAAUAAAGAAGCCCCUGGAAAUAUUUUUUGCGAGUUGCUGUCUUCUGACAAAUACCAAAAGUCUCAGAAGUUUACAGGAAACAAGACUUCGCAUCACUUAUUUAAAAAGUCGCAAUGCAUUUCCACGCCGUGUCAAAACGGAGGUACAUGUUUGGCAAACUAUCAGGACGAAACAUUCACAUGUCAUUGUAAAGACGACUUCAUUGGAAAACAUUGUGAAAACGGUGCAACGUCUUGCAAACAAUUAUUUGAGGCAUACAACUUCAACUCAACUCGAGUGGCCACACUCCGCUUUGGCUUAACAUCAGUCUCUGUUUACUGUCACAUGAGAGGUUUUGGAUGUGGUGAUGGGGUGUGGACAACUGUCAUGAAGAUUGAUGGCAGCAAGAGCACCUUCCACUACGACUCAGUCUACUGGGGAAAUACAGAUGCGUACAAUCCUCCUGGAGGAGCGACAGCUUUUGACACGCUGGAGACAAAGAUGCCGACGUACUGGAACACACCCUUCACUAAGAUCUGUCUCGGUAUGAAAACUGCUCGACACAUAAACUUCGUCAUUAUCAACAAGGAGGCCAACUCUUUGUAUUCACUGAUCGCUGACGGUAGUUAUCGCUCCACUUCAUUGGGUCGAGACACAUGGAAGUCUCUGAUUGGAUCCCAAGGAUCUCUCCAGUCUUACUGUAAUAAAGAAGGCUUCAAUACAGUAUGCGGCAACGCCUGUAGAGCCAGAAUCGGUGUUGUCUCUAACAACGAAAACGCCUGCACAACCUGCGACUCUAGAAUUGGGUUUGGUGGAGGAGGACGCCCCGAAAACUCCAAUACGUGUGGAAACGCAAAUAAUGACAUACGAGCUAUGUGUUACAUCUUAGUGCAGUAA